AUGGUGGCCCGGGGAGGUUUCUAGUCUGUGGCUCCGAGCGGCGACGCUGGAGACUCAGGAGGGGCGGGCACGGCGGCUGCCCUGGGUCUGGGCGGGACUCCGGGGCCUCCGGUGCGAAUGGGCCCGGCGCCGGGUCAAGGGCUGUACCGCUCCCCGAUGCCCGGAGCGGUCUAUCCGAGACCAGGUAUGCUACCAGGCAGCCGAAUGACACCUCAGGGACCUUCCAUGGGACCCCCUGGCUAUGGGGGGAAACCUUCAGUCCUACCUGGCCUGGCCCAGUCAGGGAUGGACCAGUCCCUCAAGAGACCUGCACCUCAGCAGACCCAGCAGGUCCAGCAGCAGGCGGUCCAAAAUCGGAACCACAAUGCAAAGAAAAAGAAGAUGGCUGGCAAAAUUCUACCUCAAAGGAUUCGUGAACUGGUACCAGAAUCCCAGGCCUAUAUGGAUCUCUUGGCUUUUGAAAGGAAACUGGACCAGACUAUCAUGAGGAAACAGCUAGAUAUCCAGGAAGCCUUGGAACGUCCCAUCAAGAAAAAACGGAAGCUGCGAAUUUUCAUUUCUAACACUUUCAAUCCGGCAAAGUCAGAUGCUGAGAAUGGGGAAGGGACGGUGGCUUCCUGGGAGCUUCGGGUAGAAGGACGGCUCCUGGAGGAUUCAGCCUUUUCCAAAUAUGAUGCCACCAAACAAAAGAGGAAGUUCUCUUCUUUUUUUAAGUCCUUGGUGAUCGAACUGGACAAAGACCUGUAUGGGCCAGAUAACCAUCUGGUGGAAUGGCACAGGACCGCCACUACCCAGGAGACAGAUGGCUUCCAGGUGAAGCGGCCAGGACAUGUGAAUGUAUGGUGUACUGUCCUGCUGAUGCUGGAUUACCAGCCUCCUCAGUUUAAAUUAGACCCUCGUCUGGCUCUGCUACUGGGCAUCCACACCCAGACCCGUCCAGAUCAAGCACUGUGGCAAUAUAUUAAGACGCGUAAGCUCCAGAACCCACCUGAGCAGGAGUUUGUUAUCUGUGACAAGUACCUCCAGCAGAUCUUUGAGUCUCAACCUAUGAAGUUUUCAGAGAUCCCCCAACAGCUCCACGCCUUGCUUAUGCCACCAGAGCCCAUCAUCAUUAAUCAUGUCAUCAGUGUUGACCCGAAUGAUCAGAAAAAGACAGCUUGUUAUGACAUUGAUGUGGAAGUGGAUGAUACCUUGAAGACCCAGAUGAAUUCUUUUCUGCUGUCUACUGCCAGCCAGCAGGAGAUUGCUACUCUAGACAACAAGAUCCAUGAGACAAUAGAAACUAUCAAUCAGCUGAAGACCCAGCGAGAGUUCAUGCUGAGCUUUGCCAGAGACCCUCAGGGUUUCAUCAGUGACUGGCUUCAGUCCCAGUGCCGGGACCUCAAGACCAUGACUGAUGUGGUGGGUAACACAGAGGAAGAGCGCCGAGCUGAGUUCUACUUCCAGCCUUGGGCACAGGAGGCCGUGUGCCGAUGCUUCUGCUCCAAGGAUUGUGACUACCCAGCCCCUGCCCUCAAAAGCUUCAGACCCCUCAGGUAGCAGCAGGACCUUGUG